GGUGUGUAUGCGGCUGGAGGAGGAGGAGGAGGAGGAGGAUGGGACACUGCUGAUGCUGAUGCGAGAGCUUUCGCUGUCUGUGAUCAACAUCGGUGGACUGGCUUCUACGUGACGGAGCUCUGUGGUCUGAUUUAAUACCCUUUUCAGUCCGCCAUGGGUUCCGACGAGGGCCGCGGAGACAGAUGUGUUUUUUGAGACGAGAAUAAUAGAGGAAUUUUGUGGUUUCGUCUCGUCACUCGUCUGGCCUGUCUUGUGACUGACACAGGUGGAUUGCCGCUGGAAAACGGCAUCGAAAUGAAGACAUAAUACUGGACUAUCACGGAGUCGACAGUUCCCGUAAAUACCUAUUAAACCGUGGACUAUUUAAGCUAAUAUUUGGUUUAAUUUCACUGAGAGGAGUGGAGGGUGGACCGUUUGGCUUGUUAGCUAGCUAAUAGGCUAAUUUAGCUAGCUAGUCAGUUAGCAGCUUCCCUGGCCAAUGGCACGAGAGAAGUGGGAUGCUGGAAGGAGGAGUUAACGUUAGUUGCUAGCAUAAAUUGAUUUGAGGAAAGCCAGUUGUCCAUACAUUUUGUAAAUCCGCCGUGUAAUGAACGUUACAGCUCGAGGUUAAUUCAGGUUUAAAUUACGCUUUUCACAUCGUUUCCUCGCCGCACUGUCCGCUCCUCGGUAAAUUAGCUUGCGACUGAUAAGAUUAGAUAUUCGGCUAAGAAAGCUAAUGUUGACAAACACCGGCGACUUAACGCGUUGAUUUGUGUUGUUUCAAACCCUCUCGUUGGCAGAGGUACUGUCAGGUGUGUUUGUCAGUUCGGCUCAGAGACUUUAUUUCGGUGAUUUUUCCAGCUUUCAGGCCGAAGUGAAGCAUGUUGACGUUGGAUGAGCUGAAGCUGAAACAUUUGGCAACAACCGGGAGUGGAUCUGGCAUGACAGAGAUAGACAUAGUGAGUCAAAAUACAUUUACAUCAGAACUAUAUUCGGUAAGGCAAAGAAAUGAAUAUGAGUUUUGAGUUUAGGUAACAUUGUUGUCCAGACGUGGAGGGCAACCACAGAAGAUAAUACAAUUACAGUGUGUUAAUCAUUGUUUCCAAGCCAACCCACCCUCUUGAAAUUAUCUUUGCUAAGUUAGUUGUAUACAGUCAUUUAUUAAGUCACAGUACCUGCCAGCAUUUUUAAAUGUCGGAGUUAGACAAUGCUUGUAGGAAUCCCUCACAUGUAUUUAAAGAUCUCACUGAAAAUGUGUAGUGCCAUUUAAAAUCAUGGCAUUAAAGUUGAAAAACUGGAUCUUGACAACAGCAGUGAGAUAAGACGCCAACAGCUUUCUCAAGUUUGUAAGGAGGAACAGGCAAUAUAAAUGGAACCGACAGUUCUGUCAGGCCCUUUGGGGCACGCACAGUGGGACUCAGACCAGCCAUUUCCUCUUGGAUUUCACACACUGGAUUCAGACAAUGGAGGUGUGCUCUGUCAAAGCAAGAGUGGCCAGACAGGUUUGGAUUUCAGAGACAGUGACCAGGAUCAAACAUCCCAACACAGUGACAGAGAUAAGGUUUUCCAGAACAUGCCUGUAGUGCUGGACAACCUCCUAAAUAUCUCAGAUUUCAGUUGUGGGGAUUUGCAGUUUGAGGCAGAUCAGUCUACAAUUUCCAAAGCCUCUCUCCAUAGUACUCAUUUAGAGGAAUUAUCUUGCACAGAAAAAACUGAGGGACCUGAUGAAAUCAGUGACUGUACUUUAUCAUGGUUAUUUCCUCCCAACCUCACUGAUGUGGUUGGAAAAAACUCUACCUGCGAGGAACUGAAUCUGACACAGGAGGCCCCUCUUGAGGGCUCAGAUGCCGUCAGUAGUCAGGCUGAGCUAAUAAGCCUCAGUGUACCUGUCUCUCCAUCAAAGAUUUCUGAGAGGAAUCCAGAGACCAACAUAGGGGAUCCAUUUUUGUUGGUAGAUCUCCUCUCAAAUGAACCUCCUUGUCUGCCCCCAGAGUCUUCAGGUGAGUUUAACCCACAGGGUGUCAGUGAGGAGCUGGUGGACCUGUCACAAGAGGAGCAGGCGGGCCUCCCUCCCUCACAGAGCAGGGAGACUUUGUCACCUGAAACUGAAGACAAAGGUUUAUUCCCUGAUCAAGUGACUGAUCUGCCUGUAACCAGUAGCACUACCCUGCAAGGUCUGCCUGAGAACUGCUCCUCACAAAAUCACCUCAGCGCACCACUGGAGUUUUUCAAAGGAUCUGUGCCUUUGUUGGAUUUAGAGGUUCCAGAUUGUGACAGCAGUCUGAGCCUGUGCCCAGCCAGUCCUGCUUCUGUUUUUGGCACAGGUGCGCGGUUACAUUUAUCAGCUGAGGAGUCAGAGGUGGAACAUGCAAGAGCUACUGUAAUUAGAAAUCUGACUUCAGAACUACAAGGUGAGGAUGACUCAUUUGCUCUGGGUUUGUCAGCUGAACCUUCAUCACUGACAGUGCCUCUGGCUGAAGAUGCCUUCAUCCAGGGUGAUUUCACCAGUGAGAGUUGCUCUGCAGAGAAUGUGUCUAAGGAUUUGAUGGAAGACAACAUUUGCUCUGAAGCCAAAAAUCAGGGGAAUGAGGAAAUGGCUUUAGAUCUGUGCUUGACUGCUGAUGAGGUCCAUGACGAGGAAACUUGGGACUUGAAACCACAGGAGGGUGUACAGAGUGGCAAUGUUCCUGAUCCAACAACCGAACAGAGGGAAGAGAAGAACACGAUAGACACUAACCAGCUGGAGGGAUCAGAUUGUCAUGAAGUCACUUCUUUUGAUUUUUCAGUUCAGGACUUAAACACUUCUUCUCCUGAGGCUGGAUGGACUAGUGAGCAAACUGUGGAGACAAUUUCCCUCUCUAAGAUGGUGGUAGAUGACUCACUGCCAAUGGUUUCAGCUGUGAACACAAGGGAGGAAGAUGUCUCCCCACUGAAAGCUGUAUUCGACGCUUUAGACCAAGAUGGGGAUGGCUUUGUUCGGAUUGAGGAGUUUAUGGAGUUUGCUGCUGCCUAUGGGGCUGAUCAGGUGAAGGAUCUGACCAAGUUUUUGGAUCCCAGUGGCCUGGGAGUGAUCAGCUUUGAAGACUUCCACCGUGGAAUCUCUGCAAUUAGCAAUGGAGGCCCAGAGCCACAGCUCUACAAUGUAAACUACAGUCCAGGGGAUGGAGCUGUGGGCUGUCCAGAGGAAUACGAUGAGCAAAAUGAGGUGACCGACAGUGCAUACCUGGGCUCCGAGAGCACAUACAGUGAGUGUGAGACCUUCACUGAUGAGGACACAGGGGCCCUCGUACCACCCGAGAUGCAUGAGGACGUGGAGACGGACAGUGGCAUCGAGGCCACACUGCACGAUCCCGAGGAUGGCGGAAAUAGGUCUGUGUUUUCCCUGAACUCUGAGCUCCAUAACCACUCCCUAGUGACGGUCAUCGGUGGAGAGGAGGAGCACUUUGAGGACUUUGGGGAAAGUAAUACCUCAGAGUUGCUACUGGAGAGCAGCGUAGGAGGGGACAGAGGGGCAGAGCGACUCCCCUCUCGUGCAGCCCCUGGAGCAGGUCAAUGGCUCCGCACUACUUUCUCCCAGAGCUUCCUCAGGGAGGAGGCGCUGGACUUUUUCUGUAGCCAGUGUCACAAACAAAUAAGUCGUCUUGAGGACCUCUCCACCCGCCUCAAUUUCCUAGAGAUGACUAGCGCUGGCAAGAGGCUGUCUAGCAAGAAAGUAGCAAGACAUCUCCUCCAGAACAGCUCAAUGACUCUGGACACCAUGAGCGACUUAACGCGGGACAUCCUGGAGCUUGCUGACAACGACAUCACAGACAAGGUGCUCCUGCUUGAGCGUCGGGUGGCUGAGUUGGAGAAGGAGUCGGAGGCCUCGGGAGAGCAGCACACACGGCUGCGCCAGGAGAACCUUCAGCUGGUGCACCGGGCCAAUGCCCUGGAGGAGCAACUGAAGGAGCAGGAGCUCCACGCUGACGAGCAACUACAGCAAGAGACACGUCGCCACAAGGAGGCCCUGAGCAAACUGGAGAGAGAGAGGGGGCUGGAGCUGGAAAACCUGCAGGCUAGGUUGCAGCAGCUGGACGAGGAGAACAGUGAGCUGCGGUCCUGUGUUCCUUGUCUACGGGCAAACAUCGAGAGACUAGAGGAGGAGAAGAGGAAGCUGCAAGAUGAGACAGAGGCCAUGUCUGACAGACUGAACGACGAGAUGGAGUCCCGCAGGAAGAUGAGCGACAAGCUGAGCCACGAGCGCCAUCAGAGUCAGAAGGAGAAGGAGUGCACGCAGGAGCUGAUUGAAGACUUACGUAAACAGCUCGAGCACCUACAGCUAUACAAGUUGGAGGCUGAAGCAAAGAGAGGGCGCUCACCCGGCGCAGGGCUGCAGGAAUAUCAGACCCGCACCCGCGAAGCCGAGCUGGAACAGGAGAUCAAACGACUCAAACAGGACAACCGCAGCCUGAAGGAGCAGAACGACGAGCUAAACGGACAGAUUAUCAACCUUAGCAUCCAGGGGGCCAAAAACCUGAUGUCGGCCUCCUUCUCUGACUCCCUGGCAGCUGAAAUCAACUCUGUGUCUCGUGCAGAGCUGAUGGAGGCUAUCCAUAAACAGGAGGAGAUCAACUACAGACUCCAGGAUUACAUCGACAAAAUCAUCGUGGCCAUCAUGGAGUCCAACCCCUCCAUCCUAGAGGUCAAAUAGACACCAUGCAGCCAGAGAACCACUUGGAGUUACUCCGGGGGCUGUUUAAAACAUGUUGGAGACUUGGCUGAAAGAAAACGACCAAUAGAAGAUGUAAAAAUAUUCUGACAUCAUUUUGGUAGAAAAAAAACCAACAACAACGCACUCAACUCAUCCAAACCCCCUCCCCACCCCACCCCACUAAAAAAAUAAUAUUUUUAAAAAGUUAAUGGCUGUCAGUGGAAAAUAAGCUAUUUUCAGUUAGAUAUCCUUUGAGUCUGUACUUAUUUGUGAGUGUAUGUGUCCUGAAAACACUUGGGUUCUGGUGACGUCCAUGUAUUUGGCUAGAGGGACCUGAGUCUUCCCCUGUUGUGUGAAUGAAUGUGUAAAAUGUGUGCAAGACGCCAGUAUCAUUCGGAGUAGAAAUCUACCCCCCUCCUUUUCCAAAAACAAAGUGUCAAUGUUUGAUUUAGCUUAAAAAAAAGGAUCAUAUACCUAAAGGCCUUAAAUGAAAGGUGGUCAAAGGAUACAUGAAUUAUACAUACCAUACAUGCCUCAGUUCAGUCAGUGGGCUGUGAUGUCUCCUGAUCCAGGCUGAGUCGUGUUUUAAUCGCAAGAGAAAAAGCCGUAUGAAGCUCCGAUCAGGAGACGAGUAGAAUUUGUCUUUAAUAAGUUAAGAGCUUGCUGUGCUGCCUGCCAGUCCCUAUAAGUGUGCUCUGUCCUUUAACCAAGUUCAGCUGUUUUUCCAGUGAACCCAAGUGAGGGACAUUUUUAGGGGUCGAGGACAAGAGAGUCCCAGAGGGUACAGUGUGUGUGUGUGUGUGUGUGUGUGUGAGGUGUUUCCUUUUUUUUUAUGUUAAUGUAAAGGUUUCUGCAAAAGCUCGAUGACACUAGAAGGUGUAGCGAGAAAGUUUCAGUCUCUGUAAAUGAAGGAACCGGAUGGUUUAUAAUGCGCUUCAUCUCAUUUAUUUUUACAAUGAAACAGGGUCCCAGAGCUCAGGUUGGGCUGGAAACCUCAAGUGGAAAAUCACUACAUUUCCCAUCACUCCCUUGGCACAAAUGUCAGACAACUCAAACUCAUAUCUCAUUAGAUGCAGACCAACUGACUGUAACUGACAAACUAUAACCACCUCAUCACUUUGUAAAACUUUCCAAACACUUGAAUGAAGCAUGAAGGGAAACUGAUGAGUGAUUCUGGGAAUUGUAGUUUUAUUUUUGUAAGUACAGCCCACCUGAUCCCAGUGUUCUCUUGCUGAGUGAAAGUGACAGAGAGCAAGCUGAUUCAGGUUACCAGCCUUUUUUUUCUUUGCUGCACAAGUGAUUUAUUGUCAGUAAAAAUGUUAUUGGGACUGAAAAAAGCUGACAUUUGGGAGGUUGUAUGUGAAGAAUCAAAUGGUUGUACUUUGCACUAAGUUUUGUUUUGAUUUCUUUAUUGUUUUGUGGAUAGAAAACUUGUUUAUUGUGAAGGGAUCAAAUGUAAAAUUGAAGAUAUUUUGAAGCCCAUAUAAAGAUGAUAGCAUGCUGGAUUUUGUCGCUACAGACACAUCAGCAAAGUUGGAGCUGGUGUGCUCUGCGGACAUCCCACUCAUGCUUAGGAAGAAAAAAUAUCACACUAUUCAUAUUGCUAUAUUAAAUUGGAAAUAUUCAAGAAUACUACAAAAAAAAAUCAUUUACAUACUGUAUUUUUUCAGCCAUCAGGAGUUCAUAUGAGCUUUUUUCCUGGCUGUUGGCCAGUUGUAUUGUUUCUCCAGACCCAGUCUGCAGAUAUAAUAUUGGAGAGACAUGGCAGACUUUGGUAGCAAUAAUGCUUGGCAAGACCGUGGACGUUGGUGGAGAGCAGAUGAAACAAACCUGCUCUUUAUUUCCUCUGCUGAAGCAACAUCUGUGUUGACUGAUGCCACGCUUAUCGGUACGGUGCAGCCUCAAUACUUUUGGACAUUUCUCUCUGACUCAGAAACUGGACAUAAGUGUCGGGUUUACCCACCAGACAUGUUGACGGAUUCACAGUUGAAGUCGGGGAGGUUGUUUUUGUCUAAACAGCAUGGCGUUCUGCACCAGUAAUGCUAAGAAGAAUUCCUGUUUUUCACCCCUGUUCACCUCUAAAUCUCCUAGCUCAUUCUUCUUCACCUGCCGCUCCAUGGGGGAAAAAAUGGCCUUGGAUGUAAAUGACUUGUACAUGUAAAGUUUUUUCUACACUCAUUCUAGAUUCUAGGUAUUUUUAUAGCCAGAAAAGAAAAGAAAACAUUUCUUUUUCUUGUCUUAUGCUGAGAGACAGCUGCCUGUAUUCUUCUCUAGCAUGUAGCGUGUACAGUAUCUGUUGGGUUAUUUUUCUCUUUCUCUCUCUCUUGUUUUAAAUCACAUGCAGAUAUUUAUUCAUCGUUCAACACAAAUGACAACUCACACUCUGUGAUCUGUUCUGCUGAAAAUAUAUUUGUACAUUUUUGAAUUCACAAAGGUGAGAUCACAAAUUUACAGUGAAUGGAAUCUGGGAGAUUUUGUUGAAUUAAGAGACACAUUUAAAGCAAAGCAAAGUUAUAUUGUCUUUGAGUGAGUCUCCAUCGUGUGGAAAAAGCUUGAAUGUGUCCUGCUCUGACUGGUCGUUUGUUGAGGUUGUCGCACUCUUCCAUAAUGCUGAUGCGGCUUUGACCUCUUCAGGGUUGUGAUUUUUGGAUAUGUGGCAGAGUCUGCAGUUUCUACUGUUGUCUUCCCGGAUGGAGUCAGGUACUGCAUGGAAACACAGUUUUUUUUUUUUUUGUUUGUUUUUUUUAUUGUAUAUCUCUGAUUCAGUUGUUUGACUCUUGGGUUUUUGACUGACAAAUCAUAUGCUAUAAUAUCCAUCAGUGGAGUUGUAGGUUGUGAGACCUCAUAAUGUCAGCACAUGACACCUAAAACCUCAUAUCCAGGCUCGCUGACUUCAGCUUCCUGCGUUGUAGUGUAACUGGAGGUUUGGCCCAACAGAUUUAAAGCUUAAUUCUUUAGAGGAAUGAAUUGUUUUUGCUUUACAAAGAGGAACCAGGAUGAGACCUGAACACAGCAGGCUGUAUUACUCUUAAUUCUCUCCCUGCUGAAUUUUAUUGUCAGCUUUUGACAGAUAGUUUGAGGACUAACACGACUGGCAACAGAACAACUAGACGACAGGUGAGACCACAGAGCUGAUAAAACAUUCCUUCUUAGCAGAGCUGAAGGUGUUUGCACUUUAACCAGAUCGAAUUUCUCCAUUUUAACGCCUGCUUUCAAAAUGACCAAAGACAGAAACGGAUCAUUUUAUCUAUCAGGGUCCGCCAUGAAUGCUUUUGGUAACACUUUCCUGUUCUAACCAGUCCAUAAAUUGACAGACUCUCUGCUUACCCUGAAAGAAAAGCAAAGAAACUGUCCUGCUAGUCUAAACACUGUGCCUCUGUGUCUCAAACUUUGCCUCUAAACUAACCUGAUGAUGAGCCCUGGGAAAAGCACUGACCAUGUGACUGUCAGUUUGUUAAAUUAUAAUGAUGAAACCUAGACUGUAAAUAUGAAUUGUCAUUUUUGUGAACUUUUUUUCCUCUCUCUCUCUCACACACUCACUUCCAGUGUCCAAAGAAAGUUUGCUCAAGGCACAAACAUCACUACUGUAGUAGUAGUGCAUGGCUUGCCAUUAUGUGACAUGGGAAGAUAAAAAGAGAAUAUUGUAGAAAAGAGAAAUUGUAAAAGUUAAAUUUAUUCCUAUUUUCAAAAAUAAAUGUAUAAAUUAUAACAGUAUUGGUUACAGCUGUAUAUUAUUUUUGAAGAUCCCCAAAUGAUCUAAUCCUAAUUGUUACUGGGGAAAUAUAAUUUCAGUCAUUGUAAAAAGAGAAAAUUUAAAGGUAAGCAGUGAAAGUAAGAUUAGAAAAAUAAAUGGAAUAAAAUGA